AUGACUCGGCAGCCGGUUGCGGCCGCGACCGUGCUCCCUUCGCCGAUCUCGUGGCAGUCGCGGUACGGAAGGCUGGACACGUGCCGACCCGCGUCGCCGAGCCCCUUGCCGUCCCCCAAGAGGCUGGCCAAGGCAAGCGAAGAGGAGUACUACACCAAGGCCAAGAGGAGUAGUCCGUAUAGGUCUCUUCCAUCUCCUCCUCACCACCGGCGCCGCCUCCGUUCCUCGUCCACGGUUUACCACCCGGCGACUGAGAGCCGUAUGGCGGCAGCGAAAAGCUUUAAGGAGGAGCUGCAGCACCACAGCAUGAGAGGCCGAGGAGAAGAUCACUACUCAUCGAAGACGAGCAGCAUCAGCAUCUCUGCUUACAACAGCAGCAACUUUUUGCCAGCGAAACCAAGAAGCUCUUUUGACGGCGGCUCCUCCUCGUCGGUUUCGAUUGGCAAGUCAGGAGAACGUUCGGGGCAUAUGGGAGCCAGCAGUUUUUGA